CAGUGGAUCACCGAUCAACGGAAAGAGCCGAAGCUGUCGGCUCAGUCAUGUGAUCAGCUAUGUCCAAUCACAGCUGAUCACAUGGCACUGAUGAUCAGUGUGCCCUGAUGAUCAGUGUGGCACCAGAAGUGCCACCUGCCAGUGCCCGUCAGUGCCUGAUCAAUGCCACAUAUCAGUGCCUACCAGUGCACAUCAAUGCCACAUAUCAGUGCCCAUCUGAGCUGCCUUUCAGUGUGGCCUAUCAGUGCCAGUCAGUGCCACCUAUCAAUGCCAGUCAGUGCCGUGUAUUAGUGCCAGUCAGUGCCGCCUAUUAGUGUGCAUCAGUGCCAGUCAAUACCACCUAACAGUGCCAGUCAGUGCUGCCUAACAGUGCCAGUCAGUGCCGCCUAUCAGUGCCAGUCAGUGCCGCCUAUCAG